UUUGUUUAUUUUAUAUUUAGUUGUAUAUAUAAAUUCCUAAAGUUAGUGGUACGCGGAAUUGAAAUAUAAAAUUCCGAUUGAUAUCCUCCGGUCAAGCACCAAAAAUUGAGAAGCAGAAAGACUCCUGUGUCCUCCCUUGCUUUGCGGAGAGAUCAGAAAAAAAUCAAAUUGAAUAGGUGCUGGAUCUUUAUUCCAGCCGAAUUCGGAUCCGAUUGGUGCAAAUUAAGAUAUGACGUGCGACGUAACUUAGCUUAAUUAUUCUUAUGAUCAACCUAGCGCGUCCCAAUAAUAUUCUUGUGAUCAAACUAGCUAGCGCGUCAGAAUGGCGACGCCGGCGGUGGAGACAAUAAGAAACGGCAGAGAUUGGGCAUGGCUCCCGGACCUCAUCCUCAACUCGGUGCUCCAAAACUUGGUCUCCUUACAAGACUACCUCCAAUUCAGCACCGUUUGCAAGCCGUGGCACGCCGCCGCCGAAUCCCAAAAGCGACGUCGUAUCGCCACCAGUCCCCAAAACCAAGCCCCGCUCCUCAUGGUCCCCACUAAGGACCGCAGCCACGAGCGGCGCGGCCUCUACUCCGCCACCGCCCGCAACCGGCUCCUAGAAACUGUCAAUCUAUCUCGAAUCAAUGAACAUAAUCAUAAAAGACACAGGAUUUAACGUGGUUCGGCCUUUCAGAAAGGCUUUACUCCACGGUGGCAAAUAGGGUUCUUUGAUUAGUUGAUCAGCCAUUAAGCCAAAGAGAGACUUAAAUAGGCUGCAGAAUACGCAGGGGCUUCACCACAAAACCCCAACAUAUAUCCUCCUCAGUCCACAAUCAAAAACUAUUUACAUCUUUAGUCCUCUAAUUUUACAUAUUCCAACAUCCCCCCUCAAACUGAUGGUGCUUGACGCAACAUCAGUUUGUGUGACAAAUACCAAUGACGACUAGAAGAAACUGCCUUAGUGAGUAGAUCCGCUGUCUGAUCAUCGGUAUGGAGAUACUUCAAUUGCAUCCACCCCUCCGAAACCAGCUGACGAAUAUAGUGUAGAUGAAUCU